AUGCAAAAAUAUCUAAUAUUUCUAAAUAUUUAUCUUUUCCUUGGACUAGGACUUGCAUUGAAUAUCUUCAUCGCUACAACGGAUAAUAAUAAUGAUUUGGUGGUAAACCAACAGCCGAAGAAUAAUUCCGAAGAUACAUUUACAAAUUUUUCUGAUGUUUUGAACGAGUUUGAUGCUCUGGAUAACUGGAGUAGGCUUUGCAAUAUAUCACAAACUGGUCAUAACGACUUUAACAUUGUGUGUAUCAUUGAAGGUAAUUCUAGCAUAAGGUUAUCAGAAUUUAGAAAUUUUACCGACCGAGUAUCAUUAAAUAUCAGAUUUGACUUAUCCGUCACGUGUCAAGAUGGUGUCAUACACUUUCCCUGGCCUUUCAGAGCGGAUAAACUUAAUAGUAUUUACAUCAAGGACUGCAAAAUUAAGGAUUACAGAACCGAAUUCAAGAAUCCAUUGAUAAACAGCAUUCCCGACACAAUCAAACAUCUACAAAUGGACAAUAUUACAGUUAUUCUUAGAACGAAAGAACUUUUUGACUCACUACCAAGAGCUAACUCGCCUAUCACAAGAAAUGCAGAAUGCGGACCGGAAAAUGCUUUUUCCAUAAUUCGAAGGGGGACAAAAGUGAACUUUACAGAUUUUGAAAAGAAUCAUAAGUUGUAUGACUUCGAAACUGCAAUGAAAAAUUAUAAUCAUUAUUUUAACAUACAGAAGAGAACCUGUUUGUACAACAACCUUGAGGUUUUUGAUUUCAGUGGAACGAGGGAAUUAGAGAAAAAUGUUGUCACUAAGAUCGUACAUACAGACAUGGCAGAAAAUCUUCAGAUCUUGAAUUUUUCUUCUAAUAAUAUGUACGACACUAUUUAUAAACUACAGGGCUGGCGACUACGGUUCCCAGCGAUGGAAUAUAUAGACUUUUCAAAUAAUAACAUAACGGUCCUUCCAAUGAUACGAGAUUACGGAAUGAUAGUAAAAAAGACAAGAUCAGUUGGAAUAAUAGAUAUAAGGCGUAAUAAUAUAUCUACAUUAACAAAAGGAAUGAUAGACUCGUUCUCCACUCACGAAUUUGUGAAAGUCGACAUUAGUGAAAAUCCGUUCUUAUGUGAAUGUGGAAUUAUUGAAGUAAUGAAAUAUCUAUCUACAAAGACUAUGCCAAAAGCUUACGAUUAUCUAGGGUCGCUAGAGUGUGCAAAUCCCUUAAACGUCCGGGGCCGUCAGCUGUCGAGUCUGUCUUUUCAAGAACUAAAGUGUAACCAGGAAACUGUAAUAAAUUUUCCAUUAAUUGUAAUGAGCAUCAUUGCAAUAACAUUGUUUGUCAUAAUUUUGAUGACAAUCUAUUUUAGAAAUCUGAUCAAGGUGAUUUUAUUUACUCGACUAAAUAUAAACUUCCCUUGCCACGUUAGGAAUGACAAAAACGAAGAGAAAGAUUACGAUGCGUUCAUUGCCUAUAGCGAGAAAGAUGUCGACUGGGUUAUACGUACAGCUUUGCCAAAGCUGGAGUCCGAGGAAUCCGGGAAAGCAUGUAGAAUCUGUCUUCAUCAUAGAGAUUUUAUAAUUGGUUAUACCAUAGCUGAUAAUAUAUUCAACAGUGUUGAAAACAGCCAUCAUACCGUCUUAAUUGUUUCCGACGAGUUCUUGAAGAGUGAUUGGUGUAUGAUGGAAUUCCGAACGGCUUUGUGGAAAAGUUUACAUGACAAAGGUCCUUAUUUAAUCAUUGUGUUGAAGGAUACUGUAACUAUGGAAAAUAUUGAUCCUGAUUUGAAAAGUUGUCUCAAUUCUCAUACCUAUCUUAAAAUUGGAGACGUAUUAUUUUGGGACAAACUGAAAUAUGCAAUAUCAUUUCGACAUAACACAAAACAAAUGAAUUAA